CUUUCAAUGCUGUUGAAGUUGAAGCUAAAGCCGCUGCGCCGUUACCGCCGUGGCCGCCGUUAGUACACACAAGACAGAGCGGUAUGAGUUUAUGGUGCGGUAAAAUCGGACAGAGUCGCAAAAAGAUUGCGCGAACAUGGUUGGCCUAAUCUUCCACGUGCUCUAUUUGUUUGGCAAAUGCAUAUACGAUAAGUAUUACGUCAGAAAAACGAGAUUCCUGCCCGAUACGCCGAACGAGGCGGAAUUGUUCAUGCCAGAUUACGAUACGCUCGACGAUGUUGCGGAAUUGGAAAAUACAUCCUGGUGGACACACCAUACGAUAAACAAUUUUUUCCCACCGGCGUACAUACAACGGUACUGCGCGGUUUCGAAUGUGCUCAUGGAAUACAAAGGAAAAUUACAUAAGAUUGUUGACUUUGGAUGUGCAGAACUUGGCUUUUUGGUUUAUAUGAAAGCGAUAUCAGAAGUGCAAGAAAUACUUUGCGUAGACAUAGACAGAGAAGUUUUAGAAAGACAUGAAAAAAAAGCGUCACCAUUGAUCACAGAAAUGCUGUCUUCUCGAGAAAGGAAACUUACGAUAGAGAUUUGUGAAGGCAGUGUAACAGACAAUGACAUAAAGUUGAAGCAUGCAAAUGCUGUAAUUUGCAUUGAGUUGAUUGAGCAUUUAUAUCCAGAUACACUAAUAGAUCUUCCUUUUAAUAUUUUUGGCUAUAUCAAACCAGAAGUAGCAAUAAUAACAACACCAAAUGUUGAAUUCAAUAUAGUAUUUCCAAAUUUAUCAGGUUACAGACAUCCAGAUCAUAAGUUUGAAUGGACAAGGAAACAGUUUCAAGAUUGGGCUCAAAAUAUUGUGGAGAGAUAUCCAUAUUAUAGCGUGACAUUUCAUGGAAUUGCUAAUGGAACUGAAGGUACUGAAGAAUUUGGUGCAUUAACGCAAAUGGCAGUGUUUCACCGAAUUUUACCAAGAGAUCAGUCAAGAAUAGAAAUUCUAAUACCAGACGAAUACAUUCGAUUAAAAGGACAACACAAUUUAUUUAACACAAUAGCUAAAUAUAAUUACUCUACAGGAAGUGAUUCUCGUACAGAUGAGCAAAAAAUACUAGAUGAUGCCGUAUAUUAUAUCCACUUUUUAUCCAAUAACAUAAAUGAUGAAAAUUCUGAAGUACACUUGGACCGUUUAUUGAAAUUCAUGGAUAAAUACACUCUCACGAUAGAAACAUUGAGGUCGAUUCUAACAGAUGCUGGAUGGAAUAUUGAAGAUAGAGAAGAAGGACCAGUAUUACUCCCCUCUUUUAUGCAUUCCGACGACGAAUCAGAGUUUGACGAUUAUUUAAACGUUGAUAGUGACGAUUGGAAUAAUGAAUAUGGAAAUUCAGAUGAAGAAUAUGAUUUUGUAUAUAAAGAGAAUACAUUGGAUGGUGUACAUUAUCCAUCCAUAAAUGAAAUACCUGCAGAGCCAAAUGAAUAUGUACCUCAGCAAGAUACACUUACUGAAAAUUGGAAUGAAGAAUCCAAUGUUAUAUAUGAAGAGAACAGAUUAGACGUAACUAAUUCAUCUAUAAAUGAGAUGUCUAUGGACGCAAAUGAAUAUUUAACUGAACAAAAUCUGGAUACAGAGAGCUGGCAUGACAAUCCUAAUUUUACAAAUGAAGGGGAUAGGUGGAAUUAUAGAUCUAGCAUAGUAGUUGUAAAUGAGAUACCUGCGGAUACAAAUGAAGAAUAUUCAUCUGCACAGGAUCCUCAUAUUGAAAAUUGGCAUGAGGAAUCUAGUAUUAUCAUACCUGAAAACUGCUCUAUUAAUCAAGAGUAUACUUAUUUAUUUGAUGGUGAAAAUUCUUUGGUAGGAGAAGAUUCCUGUACAAUUUACGAUAUCAAACAUUCAGGCGUUAGAGAUACAGCAGAAUCUUUAGCAUAUACUGAACGAGAACUUCCAAGUGAUUCAAUUCCUCUAACUUUAAAUGAGGUAGAAGUAGAAGCUCAAGAAACUUUAUUUAAUAUGUCUUCAGAGGCACGUAAUAGUUUACAAUUAAAAAACUCAACUGAUAAUAUUGUAAUAGAAUCGGCACAAAAUGACAAGAAAGAUCUAAAAACUAUGCAAGAAACUUCAACGCUAAAUUUCCAGUACAGGCCCGUUUCACGUUCAUCAACGUCACCAGUAUCGCUUUACUUUAGUUCUGAGCAUCUUUCUUUGCAGGAUUUUAGCACAUCUUAUCAAAACAGAUCGUCAAUUAAUGAUCAAUGUUUAUUAAAUACUACUUUCCAUCAAUCUGAAAUAGCAACUGAAGAGGCUAUCAAUAGUAAAGCAUCUAUUGAAGAAGAUAUAUCUUGUUCUAAGGAAAAUCUUUUAGUAAAAGAUAUUCAAAAAAGCUUUUCGUUACAUAUGAGGCUUCCAAAUUGUAAUACUGACGAGAGAAACAUUUCAGAUGAAAAUCAAAUUUGCGAAGACGGUGGUAUGACAGAUAUGGUAUCACCAGAUGCUCAUAGUAAUAUUUUGAAUGAUCAACCAAAAUAUACAAGUUCACCUCUUACAAAAAUAUCCGCCAUCAAUAAUAUUGUUGAUAAAAGUUCUAAAAAAAGAGAAUUGAUACCUGCAAUGAAUAGUAAUGUUUUACUGGGCACAACAAAAGAAAUUAAGGAAACUAUACUAGAUACUAUUGAUAGUAACCUAUUAGGAACUAGCCAGAAAUCUAAUAGUAUCACAGAAACAAUUAAACUUAACGCGACUUCUUCGAGUAGUGAUGUUACUAAUAUUCCAAGAGACGUAGAGUUUUCUACUAGUAAUAGCACACUGCAAAGAUUGUGUGUAAAAGAUAAGGAAUGUAGUAUUGAUAACUCUAUCCCUACAAAUUUAAUACAAGAUACUAAUCAGGAAUUUGUGAAAAAUGAUAUAAUCAAUCAUGAAUCUGAUAUACCAAAUGCAGAUGCACAUGACGUCUUAUCCUUAGACAGUGAGAGUAUUAAUCACAAAAACAAAACGGUAUAUAGUACACCAGCAAAAGCAAAUCAUAUUGACGUAAAAGCACAUUUAGAAAAUUUGAUUGGUGAUCUUGCACAGUCAAGUAUAAGGAAAAAUGGUUUAAAUCCGCCUACAGAAUUAUUGAGUUCAAAAUCACAAAAUGUUAGUAAAUAUUCUUUAUAUGAUUGUGCCAAAGAAAGUAGUAUUUUAAAAAAUAAUAAGUUUGUACCUUGUAAAAGUAGUGAGGAUACAAGUAAUGUUUAUUUCACGUCAGUACUAAGAAGUGAAGAAAAUAUUGGCACCAGUAAAGAUGUAUCAAAUAUUGCUGGAUCAGCGAAUAUUGUUGAAACUAAAUCAUCCUCCCCGCUUGAGACACCUCCAAGUAGUUGGUCUCCCGAAAUCAUGGAUUCUGGUUAUCCAAAUUCAGCUUCUGCACAAGAUAUAACACCAGAAUACGAUUUAUCGAGCAUAGCUCAGGAUCAUAUACCAGAUUCUGAAUCGCCGAGCAUUGCGGAAGCACCGAGAAUUGGAGUCUUGGAACCAAUUGAGGUAGAAAAUGGUGAUUUAGCAAAUAAUAACAGAGACGAUGAAGGUAACAAUAUGAUGGCUGUGGAUGUUAAUGAUAUCGAGAACUUACAACCUUUUAUUGAUGUAUUGGAAAACGAUCUUGAGAAUGAAAACGAUAUUUAUAUAAUGCAAAACGGUUUUCCUGUGUGGUUACUGAGAAUAUUGGAUAUGGCGAAUCCAUUUGAUUUUGAUAUACAAGCUCGACAAGAUCUGAGAAUUCCUGAUGAAGUUGCAGAUGAUGCUAAUUAUGUAGGUCAUGACGAAGGUUUUGAUAGCAGUUCUUCAGAAAGUGAGAGUGAUGUAGCUUACAAUGGAGUAGAAAAUAAUGCACAUGAUGAAUAAAAAGAUUUUUCUUGAAAUAGAAAAAGAGAAAAAUAGGAAACAUAUAAAACAUGGGAUAAAACAUGAGCGUGGUAUGAUUGCUGCAUUAUUACAGUAUUCUUACAUAUCAUUCUUUGAGGCUCCUGAUAAAAUUUGCAGUAUAGGCUUGAAAAAAGUAAAUAUCUUGGAGAAUAUUUUUGCUUGCGUUUUAAACAUAAAAAGAUUAUAUCCUAAAAUAGCUUGAAUAAGUUAUUUACUUAUUUAAAUCAUACUAAUGAAGAACUACCUCUUUCUAUGUAUUUUUAACAUAAUGUAAUAUGAAAUUAUAAAAUAUUUCAAGCCUAUGCAAUUUAUAUAAUAAUAAGGUUAAUUUAUAAAUACUGAACAUAAUAAUUUUACAUUUAAUGUUAAGUAUAUUAAGUAUAGUUUUACUAUUGUUCUCUAUAAUAUUCAUUUUUCAUUUGAUUGGAAAGAAUUUUGUAAUUUGUAGUUUUUUAUGCAAAAAAUUUAAAUCGAUGAGUUUAUUAUUAACAUGAAAUAUCCUUGUUAUUGAAGUUUUGAUAUUGACAUAAGUUAUGAUAGCCUAACAUACAUAUAACAUGUACAUGUAAUAUACAUGUAUAUAUACAUACAUAUAUGUGCAUAUAUAUGAAUAUUUAAAAAAUAUAUAUAUUAUAUAUAUAUAUAUAUAUAUAUGUAUGUAUAUGUAUAUAUAAAAUACACAUGUUUACAUAUCGUCAUAAAUGUAUAUAUACAUUUAUAUUUUUUUACAAUUAUUUUUUUAUUAAUUGUUUGUCAAAUAUUUCUAAUACAAUGUGAUUUACGAAAAUUUAUCUGUAUGUUAAGUUUUGAUAGUGUUAACGUAUAUCUAUAUGAUAUCUAGUAAUUCAAACGUGAUAAAGAAUAUCAAAUUAAUUUCUGUAAUUUCAUUAAAACUUUCUAUCUAAGACUGAAACUGCAUAGUUAAGUUCGCAGCGAUGCAAAAACUUUGGACAAAUAAAGUCGAUAUAAAAUUUGAACAGAUAUAACGUUCUCAAUAUAUUUUAUCCUAAUACAGGUAAACAUGUACACAUUAUAUAGCGUAGAAAUUACGAGCUUCUUAAUAUUAAAUAUUUUACAUGGAAA